GGAGGCAGGGAGUGGUCCAGCAGUGUGUGCUUGCUGCUUGGGCGGAUAGGUAGGCUCUUCGUCGGCCUCCUCUCGCACUCAAGACUCAUCAGCUAGCCGUCUCUCUUCAGUCCCCUGGACACGCUAGCUAGGCUCCGGCCAAGAGGAGCAACCGGAGAGGGCUGCGUGUGUACAACGUACGGCGGCGACACAGAAGCGGCGGCGCUACCGCACGGCCGCGGGUGACAGGAUGCACCGCCGCAGCUCACGGCCGGGGACUAGCUAGUAGCUAGCCAGCCGCCAAGGAGCCGCCGUGCCAUCCAGCUCGCCGCUGGCCCAUUCAUGACGAAUCGCUGCGGACAGGGCUGGUCGCCGAUGGCGCGCGCACAAGGGUAGAGCGACAGAGAGGGCAAGCUAGCGUGUGGUGCCAUGAUAUUCCAGGCCCUGUGUGGCUUCCUUCCAUUUCUGGAUGCCAUCAGUGAUUCGGUGACCAAUCUUCACAGCUCCAUUGCCUUCGAGGGCCCUGUUUACAGUAGGCAGUACGUCAGUGGUCUCAACGACAACGUCGACAACGAUGAAGCUAAAUCCACCCGUGUCAUCGAGGACGACGACAGCGACGACGCGCUCGUCUGGCAGCUCUGCUGGACGCUAGAUUUGCUCGACACGAGCCACGCCCACGUCGACCUUGUGUUCCCGUGCGCGUGCCGCGCACACACUGCAAGUGUUGCCGGCAGCAGACCCAGGAGCAGGAGCAGCCGUGGCGGCAGCUCGCUGCGGAGGCUGGCGGCGACGGAGCACCUGACGUACGCCGUGGUGGUGGCCACGCUGCAGGUGUUCCUGCACCUGACCCGCGCCAACAUCACCGCGCUGUUCCUGCCGAUGCUGGCGCAGGCCACUGGCGGUGGCGGCUGCGGGCGCAGCAGCGCCGCGCAGAUGAUGGGCGACGCCGUGGUGGUGGUGGUGACCACCUGCGGCGUCGUCGGGUCCGCACUCGCCGCCAGGGAGCUCGGCCGGGAGGCCAUGUGCGCCAUCAGCGGCGUCCUCGUCGUCCUCUGCCAGGUGGCGGUUCCGGCGAUCAUGGCGGCGCAAGCGGGGCUGAGCCUGAGCCUGAGCGGCGGCGGCGGCGGAGCGCGGAUGGCGGGCGGGCACGCGGCGGAGACGUUGGCGCUGGCGUGCGCCGUGUCGGGCGGGUUCGGCUGGGCGUGGGGCGCGCAGUUCUGGGCGGUGCCGGGCGAGGGCAUCCGGUCCGUGGGGCAGGCGGGCGGCGCGGCGCUGGGAUUCGGGCUCGGCUUUGCGCAGAUGCAGUGCUUCCUGCUCACGCUGCGCCAGCUCAAGCACGCCGCCUUCGCGUACUACGCCGUCUGGAUCUGGUCCUGACCCGCGCGCCGUGACCCGCACGACGCCGCCGGCGGGGCCGCGCGCGGCGAGCCCACGGCGGCGAUAUGAUGCCGAUGCGCGCGUGCGGUGCAUGUAUGAUCCGAAUUCCGAUGCAUUGACAGGCGGCACGCACGCAGCAUGCAUCGUCAGGGAAUAAUGCAUGGGCACCGUUUUGGGAACUUUAAGGAGCCUGGUCCUGCCUGCCUGCACGAUGCUUAUCGUAUCUGCACGCACGCUAGCUGCAGCUGUGAUCGCGCCGGAUUAUGAUAUGGAGAUGGAUGGAGACCCGAGUGUGGCGGCACCAGGCUGCUGCUGCUGCAGCACUGGACACUGGUAGUAUUCGCUGCACUCGAUCGCCCAGUCGCCCGGCAGCUUCAGCUGAUGAAGCGACGACACGCACAUCCAUUUUCUCUCGCUGUACUGCAUCGUUCGAGCCAAUGAACUUGGUAUGCAUGCAUCACUAUGGUAGCUAGCCUGUGUAUAAUGGCAUACAGAUUUGCUCAAAAAAAUAAUAAUAAUGGCAUACAGGAUAGAGACGUCGUCGUAUCCUUUUUCAGGGUGGUGCGUGCACCGUACAUGUUACAUGUAUGAUAUGGUCCUUACUCCGUCAAAGAUGUAAAGUUUGUGGAUUA